AUGCUUUACAAGAUCGUCCAUAAGUUGAAAUGGUUUUACAAGGAAUACAGACUCUCCCAUUUUCUACCCUUUACGGUCCUGAUUACGUACACGUUGAUCGGGGCUGCAUUGUUUCGUCACUUCGAAUUGGAACCAGAUGAAAUUCGAAGGAAAAAGUACCGUGAAAGUACAGAGUAUGCCUUCAAUCAGGUAAGGGACUAUUUUUGACGACCUCUUUGAUCCCUGGGGCUAAACAUAAACUCCCAGAUGUCAUUUGUUUGUUUAUUUUUCUCUUAAUUGUUACCUUCUUUGAACACUUGACUACGUCCAGAUCAUAAAACGGAUGACGGAAAUCCAAUGUGGGAAGGGAAAUGGAAGCUCCUAUCAUCGACACAUCCAGACCCGCGAGACCAAAGAGGCGCUCUUCUGGCUGAUAGACUACCUCAACAUAACGACUGUGAUUGAAGAGCGGUGUGACACGAGCCCCUGGACUUGGACAGGGUCGCUCUUCUAUGCCGGACAGCUCUACACAACCAUAGGUAUGUACGUCCGCUAUUUUUGAGCACGUCAUAUGCAGAGAAAAGCUAUAUUUUAGAACCAAUUCAUCACACGAAAGAGUUUUUAUGAGUUAUCUUGAGAAGAGCUGACUACUGAUUUAGACAGGCGUUUAAAGAAAUGUUACAAGUCAUUUGCCUGCGGGCACAAAAAAACAAAGUAUACAAAUGUUUGCCGUGAAAAGUAUCAAAAUUUUAUGUCAUAAAACGGUAAAAAUAUUGAUUGAAAAAUAUUUAGGGUACGGGUUGCCAGCGGCACAAUCGCCAGGCGGCCGAGUAGCGACCAUCUUCUACAUAAUGAUCGGGAUCCCCAUCUUCUUGAUAAUUCUCAAAGAUGUGGGAAAAAUCUUAUCGAGGACAUUGAGGAAGAUUUACAAAAGGAUGAGAUCGGCCAAACAGAAGCUGCCGGACAGUGCCAGAAGGAUGAGUGA